UCUUCAAUAAUUGAAGUGGUAUUCAAGUCUCUUGUAUGCUGUGUACUUUGAAAUUUUUUGGAUCACGAGGACGGAACCGAAAAUCGGCUGCUUUUCAACAACAUUGUAGCAUGUGUAAUACUUUUGGUAGUUUUUGUUUUUCUUCGAUCUUUAUGCAUAGCUUGUAAAAUUUUUAGUGUUUGAAUCGAGAUACUCUUGACAAUGGUGUCUAAUCCUCCACAAGAAUGCCAUCGGCCUGGUUUACUGAAGCAACAAAACAAAAGUCACAAGCAUGGUAGACACAGGAGCAAGGGAUCGGUCAGCAAUGCUCUUAAAGGGAAGGUGUCGGUGAAGACAUUCACGAAGAAGGCCCGCCACGAGCUGAAGCGAGAGGAGCGCCGCAACCAGGCGCUCCAGCUGCGUCUCAAGAAGCGGGACGAGACGCUGACGAGGAAGCGCUCCCUCGGCGGCUCCGCGACCGCCCCGUUCCUCGUCGCGAUCGUCUCCCUGAACGAGGGCAUCGACCCCGUCGGGGCGCUGGAGCUGAUCAAGCAGGCGGACAGUGAAGCAGUCGUCACGUACAGUGCGCAAGGAAAUGUGCACAUAAGCGUGCCGAGGUUCAAGCAGCGGUUCGCGCUGGUGGCGGCCCCCGCGCCGUGGGCCGGCGGGCUGCACGGCUGCCUGGACCUGCUGAAGGUGGCGGACUUCGCCGUGCUGCUGGUGGCCAGCUCCGGGCGGGACGCCCUCUGCCCGGGAGGGGAGCGGCUCCUGCUCGCCGCGCUGGCCCAGGGCCUGCCCUCCGUCGUCGUCGCCACCACGGACCUGCAGAGCGUGCCCCCCAAGAAGCGGCAGGACUGCAGACAGCAGCUGCAGCGCCAGGUGGCCCGGUGGCUGCCCGGGGAGAAGGUGGCGAGCCUGGACAAGACCGGGGACGGCCUCGCCCUGCUCCGCCGCGUCGGCGGGCAGAAGCGCCGCGCCGUCGCGUACCGGGACUCGCGGCCCCACCUGCUCGCGGAGGCGCUCGAGUUCGUGCCGGACGACGCGGGGAGCACGGGCACGCUGAAAGUGACGGGGUUCGUGCGCGGGCUGCCGCUGUCCGCCAACGGCCUGGUGCACAUCCCGGGCUGGGGCGACUUCCAGGCGAGCCAGAUCGACUCGGCGCCCGACCCCCACCGCGCCGACGCCCGGGCGAGGCCGGAGGACGACCCCGUCAGGCUGCUGCAGGCUGCCGAUCCCGCCAAGCAGGAGUCGCUGGUGUCGGAGAACGAGCCGGACCCGAUGGAAGGCGAGCAGACCUGGCCGACGGCGGAGGAGCUGGCACUGGCCGAGGACGCCCGCCGGGAGGCGCGCCGGGUCAGGAGGGUCCCGAGGGGGACGUCCGAGUACCAGGCGGCCUGGAUCCCCGACGAGGAGGACGCGGACGAUGACGACGGGAGCGACGGGGGCGACCGGAUGAACGUGGACGAGGCGGCGUCGGGCGAGGACUCGGACGCGGGGGCGGACCGAGACGACGGCGAGGACUGCGAGACCGUGACGAUGACUGAGAGCAUCGCGGACGUACAGCGCUACGACGAGAAGCUGGACCUCUCGGAGGAACAGGAGGCUCUGAAGAAGAUGAAAGAAGCCCACAUGGACAGCAUGUUCCCGGACGAAGUAGACACCCCCGUGGACACCCCCGCGCGGGUCAGGUUCCAGAAGUACCGCGGCCUGCAGUCGUUCCGCACGUCCCCGUGGGACCCCGCGGAGAACCUGCCCCGCGACUACGCCCGCAUCUUCCAGUUCGAGAACUUCCAUCGCACCAGGAGGAGCGUGCUGAAGGCGAGCCGGGACAACGACGACGCUGUCUUGCCCGGCUGGUACGUGACGGUCCACGUCCGAGGGGUCCCCCAGCACCUGUGGGCGUCGCGCCCCGCCUCGCGCCCGCUCGCGCUGUUCGGCCUGCUGCCCCACGAGCACAAGAUGUCCGUGCUGAACGUCAUGCUGAAGCGCUCCGCCGGCUGCCCGGACCAGCAGCCCAUCAGGUCCAAGGAGCAGCUGGUGUUCCACGUGGGCUGCCGGCGCUUCAGGGCGUGCCCCGUGUUCAGCCAGCACACCAGCGGCUCCAAGCACAAGUAUGAGCGUUACUUCCAGCCAGACGCUACUGUGGUAGCGAGCUUCUUCGCCCCCAUUUGUUUCCCUCCGUGUCCAGUUCUUGUGUACGCUGAGAAGAAAGAUGGAAGCCAGGAGCUGGUGGCGACGGGCAGUGUGCUGUCGGCGGACCCGGGCCGUGUCGUGGUGAAGAGGGCCGUGCUGAGCGGACACCCCUUCAAGGUGCACAAGCGCUCCGCCGUCGUGCGCUUCAUGUUCUUCAGCGCGGAGGACGUGGCCUGGUUCAAGCCCGUCGAGCUGCGCACCAAGUACGGCCGGCGGGGGCACAUUCGGGAGUCCCUAGGGACGCACGGCCACAUGAAGUGCGUGUUCGACGGGCAGCUCAAGUCCCAGGAUACGGUGCUGAUGAACCUCUACAAGCGCGUCUUCCCCAAGUGGACGUACGAGCCGUUCGUCAACUGCCCGCCGUCCGCGCGCCCCGCCGACGGCAUGGAGCAGGACGGCCAAUGAACGUGCUCCCUCCUUGCGACGAACGCUGUUUUCUAGGGAUGUGCGAAUCCUUGAUUUUCAGUUCGGUUCGAAUCCGAUUCGAACCCCUGGCGAUAUUUCAGAUAUGAAUCCGAUUCCGAAUAUUAAGCACAGAAUAAUUUAAAAAAAUCUGAUUAUUUUAAAAAUAAUGAGUUUUCUCUUUUUUUUCUAACUGUAACUACUGGCAAUUAUUUAUUACAUUGAGAUUGAAAUGUCUAUAAUCAUGUAAACUUAAUUAAUAAUGAACACUUUUAAAAUAUGAAAACUGAAACAUAUUUGAUUCUCCAACUCAAUCGUAAUUAACUGCACGCCACGGGGAAAUCUCAGUUUUAUAAACGUUUCAGCAAACGAAACCAUUUUUUUUCUCCAAUAAAUAGCCAAGAUUUUUUUUUUCUUGUAGGUAUGUAAGUACAUUGUUUUUAGUUUAUAGUUUGCUAUAUGACGAAAUUCGUAAUUAUAGUUUAAGCUCUCUAAAUCUCGAAAUUCUUUUAAUGUCACUGUGUUAAUUAUUUAAUUUACAUAUCUUUCUUUGAUGCAUCAUAUUAUAAAUACUUACGUAAUAGUAGCCUAAUUUUAUUUUUCACUGCUAGUAUUUUUGAGCCGUAUUAAAUUAAUUUAUAACUUUUGUGAAUAUUUGUAAUACUGUUCGAAUCCAUGUACGUACAGCGAUUCCGGAUUCGGGUAAUUGUGGAUUCGAACCGUACCCAAAAAUAUUGGGUACUCGCACAUCCCUACUGUUUUCAUUUACACAGACCUGUUAUGACGGAAUCACUAAAAUAAUACAAGUAUCUUGUUGAAGUUUGUGCAAAGGCAACUGUAUUUGGUAAUGUUUUUCAAGCUAAGAUAUUUCUGAUAAAAAUCCAACAAAUUUGGUUAAAACAAUGUUUAUUUAGGACAGCAAUACAGAAAUUGCCUUUUAAUUGGCCCAGCUGAGAAAGAAAAAAAAAACAUUGUAAGCACGACCAUAUUGUUUCAAAUUCUAGCAGAAGGUCAGAUUGUUCUGUGAAUUACAUAUAUAUUUUUUAAUGAUGGCUAGUCAAAUCCUUAAAUGCCAUUAAGUAUUUGUUUGUGAAAUUGUGUGUUUAUGGGAUGAAAAAUAAAAUAAUUUAACAACCUGUGCAGUUGUCAAGGACUACAUUAACUUCUACUGAAUCUGUUUAAGAGAAGUUUGUGUCUGCCGCCAGCUACGCAGUGCUCUGUCGAAGUAGGUAUGUUUCACACUUCAGGCAACAUUUUUGGCACAAAAAGAUUUUUUCCUUAACAUGUAUUUUAUUUUAAAAUAAAAUUUAUUUAAUGGU